CGGACAAAUUUUUACACGGCUACGUGCGCCGUGUAUUUCUUGAGUUCGGAGAGGAAGUGACGCCAGAAAGACCGCGCCCCACACAGGAAGUGACGUCAGAAAGAACGCGUCACAGCCAGCUUCAUAAUAGAGCGGUUUCGGAACCUCGGAGCUAACCACUGGAAAUAUGGAGGCGAGUCAUCCAGACAUGCCCGUGUUUCUCCUUCUUCUACAUGUACAGACGCUUGUGGAAAUCGCACAUGAAUACCUUAAGAGAAAGCGAUUGCAGCUAUUUGGGAUACAACACUUCUCAGACGGCAAGAUAACUUUACCAUGUCCAGGUCAGCUGUGAUUCUACUGACCGAAAAACUCUGUCCAUUUGUCGAAGGAGAUGCAACGAGAAUGCGAGCUCCCGUGGAUGUGAUAAAAAAGAUGUCUGCAGCCGGCAGCUCCGCUAGGAGCGCCCCGGGACACGCCCCUGCUCGCUCUUCCCUGCAUGGCUGCAGGCAAUAUACAAUCAGCGCACCUGGAUCUGAUGAGGGCAGACAACAUAAAGACCAGCGGACCCGAAGAUCCAGUGCCGGAACGUAGUUCACUCCUUGUAUAUUCCCUCUCUUCUUUGGACUUCCCGCCGGACUUUGGACUGCUUCCCUCGAUCCUCGACCCCCGCUCGGACACGGACCUCGACGCAUCUCUCCAGCCCCCUAUCUCUCGCUUGCUCACGGACAGCAUUCUUGCCUUGCACCUCUGGAUUUGUGGACAGUUCAUUCAACACGCACAAACAACACCCUCUGGUAACAUUUACAUUGUUAAUUCAUCACAUCGUCUUAUACCAAACACUCGUAGUAGCUUUUUUAUGGCAGUCACUCGAACGAGUAUGACGAUCCUCGCGGUAGGGGUGUAUCCCUCCAUGGAUGACUUUGUUUUACGUAGGGGAGACUGGUGCACAGACAGUCACCACACGAUCCUUGACAGAAUCGGGUCAGGGUCCAGUGGCAUGGAGUCCAAGACGACUGGGUACCCUUUUCUGCUGCAGCCUUCUUCCGCCAUCGCAGCCGUUGUGGUAGUUCUUAAACCUACCGUCUUCCGCCUGCUCCGCCGUUGAGGUCUUCACCGUAGGGGGCAGUCAGGUACUAGGCCUUUGCCAAGGGCCACCUGGGGUAACAGUAGUAAAGGGGUUUACCUCCUAGUGCCCCAAGACCCCAUAGAGGAGCCUCCACUGCCGGAUGCACUUUAACGUCAUGCCCAGGACACCGUAGUAGCUUAUACACUCCAACACAUAACUAAGUUCAAUAAACCUGUCGCUGUAAUUUGAUUUUGAUAUUAAUUUAAAAUCUUGAUAAAUUGAAAAUGAACACCAAUUAGUUGACUGAUGAACAUUAUCACAUAAUUUAUUCAGAAAGUAUAAAUAACGACAAUUAAAGGUAGAAUACUAUUAACCGCAACAUGUAAGUGUAAAAAAACCACAACAUUAUGAUUUGUACAUUUUCACGACUAUGCUUGUUCUAUUUUUAAACAAAGAAAACAAUCUGAAGUUGUCUUUAUUUUUAAGUUAUCGUGUCGUGAUUUUACCAGUGCGGCCCACUUGGGAGUAGAUUUUUCUCCAUGUGGCCCCCGAUCUUAAAUAAGUUUGACACCCCUACUGUAGUCUCCUGAGAACAUGUAUGUGACGCGGAGUAACAGUCAAGCAGAUCAAAAGGCUGUCAAACAAUUCUAUUUCCAAUUCAUUCAGACAUCUGCCAAAUUAAGGCAAAACUUAAGCAAACCACAAAUUAAAAUAGAAAAAUCUGAAGGCACUCAAAGACUAUGUCGAGUCGUGGUAAAGUCCAACCUCCAAACAGAGCCACCUGGAAGACUCACCUGGACAAGUGUCGCCACCAGUAACAGGUGUCAGCGCCAUCUUGGACUCCAUGGAAAAGACCCCAAAGUGAUUAGAUGGCCGCCUCGCGAUCGUCAAGGUGCUCCACAGGGAGUUCCAAACCCUCCGAGAGUGUCUAUUUUGGACAACAACAGGUCGUCUCUCUUGCCCAGGAGAACGUUACUCUCUGGGAUUCUGUGAAAGUGCUCAGCGACAGUUACCUAGCUCACCAGGGAGGACUAGAACAUGAAGAAGACAAGACGCAUGAGGGACUCCCAGAGGGGCAAAAGGCUGAAGAAGACAGGGAGGAGUCAGUGAAAGCCUUCAUGGAACUUCAACUCAAACUUUUAGCGAACGCCGUCUGGAAUAUUAAACUUUCAUCGCAUCCACUGGCUUGGAGCCUAGAACCCAGAGAGCAGGAGGCUCUCUGGCUUUGUCAUGGUGCGAUGAGCGUUGCUUGCGCGUGACCCCAAAGGAUGCAGAGAACGGCAGGCGGAAUGCAAGUAAAACACACUUUACUACUUACAAAGAGGCGUGGAACCCAAAACAGCACGCGAUGCAUCUGUCUAAAAAAGGAAGAGUAAGAAUGAACCAACACAGAAGGAGGGACCCAGGUCGAACUAAUUAAAACAAGGAACAGGUGUGCUGAACAGAAAAGUAAAAGAUGAUGCAAAACAAACAGGAAACACUGACAAAACAAGUGCACCAGGACAGGAAGUGAUUCUAAACCAGUGGUUCUUAACCUGGGUUCGAUCUAAC